AUGUCAAGAUCUUCAUCGCCGUCUGUAAGUCUGCCACUUCCCAGCAGCGCAACCUUGUUUCUGGACAGGGAGGACAAGACAGAGGAGGCUCUGGGGACAUUUAUAGAAUUGGAACAAUGCACAUACACUCACAAACGCCUGGGGGAUUCCCGGAGUAACGAGUUCAUGGAAUGUGACUGUUUCGAAGAUUACAAAGACGAGCAGAAUCAUGCAUGCGAUGAAAAUUCAGACUGUAUCAACCGGCUGACACUGAUCGAGUGUGUGAAUGACCUAUGCACUUCGUGCGGGGACGACUGUCAAAACCAGCGGUUUCAAAAGAAGGAAUACGCGGAUAUUGCAGUCUUCCAGACAGAAAAGAAGGGUUACGGCGUGCGGGCCGAGCGGGAUAUCGAAGCAAAUGAAUUCAUCUACGAGUAUAUUGGCGAGGUCAUAUCCGAAGCUGACUUCCGGGACCGUAUGGUAGACUAUGAUAUGCGGGGGUUCAAGCAUUUCUACUUUAUGAUGCUGCAGGCAGGGGAGUUCAUCGAUGCCACAGAGAGGGGGUGUCUGGCGCGCUUCUGUAAUCACUCGUGCAAUCCCAACGCGUACGUGAGCAAGUGGGAUGUUGCCGGCAAGCUGAAAAUGGGUAUAUUUGCACAUCGGAAGAUUCUGAAGGGCGAGGAAAUAACGUUCGACUACAACGUAGAUAGAUACGGUGCCACUGCGCAACCAUGCUACUGCGAUGAGCCAAAUUGUAUUGGCUUUCUCGGGGGUAAGACGCAGACAGAUGCCGCAUCGCUGUUGCCACAGAAUUAUGCAGACGCCCUGGGGGUGAGGCCGUCAGUGGAGAAGAAGUGGGUCAAAAUGAGGAAAGCACUUGGGGAAGAGAUCGAUAAGAGCGGUUCCAGCAAUAUCAAUAUAGAAUUUGUGGAGUCGCUAGAAUUGGAACCGUGCGUACAAUACAGUGAUGUAAACAAGGUGAUGAGUGUGCUGUUGCAGAUAGACGACAAAUUUAUAUGCUCAAAGCUGCUGGAAAGGAUAUUGCUGACAUCGGAUGAGACAAUGCGCUACCAGAUCAUCAAGCUGCAUGGAUAUAAAUGUUUUAGCAAGCUGCUAGGGUUAUUCGAAACGGAUGAAAACACGCAGCACAGAAUCCUGCAAUAUCUUUCUGACCUUCCGAAAACCACUAAGAAUGGCAUCGUUUCGUCCCAGAUAGACAAAAAAGUCGAGUCUUUGCUCCAGAAGGAAGCUCUUAAGGAAGACGCGAGUGCGCUCCUGGAGCGGUGGAAUACUUACGAGACGUACCAGAGGAUAGCUAAAAAAGACUUUACCAAGACCAGUAAUGGCCUGAACAAGGUAACCGACUUUAGGAGGGUCAGGCUGCCUCUUGGAUGGGAAAUAAUCCACGAAAACGGGAGACCAAUGUAUUAUAACGCUCAGCGCCAGAUUAAGCGCGUAGACCCACCGUCUGACACGCACCUGCAACGGCCAGCUCGGACCACUCCUCCUCAGCGGUAUAACGGCGGUUUCUACGAUCGUACCACUAAGCGGCCUUUAGAUCCGGAAUCUUUCGAGAAGCGGAAGCGCCAGCGAUUGGAGUGGGAGCAGCAGGAGCUGGCUAAGAAAAAACAGGAAGAGGUGCGCCACCUCAAGGAGAAACUCGAGGUCGAAAAGCAGAAGAAGUCCGAGUUGGAACAGAUCAUCGAGGAUGCAAACAAACAGCAGGAGCAGCAACGUCUCGAACGCCUACAGAAGGAAAAGGAAACAGCAGAGCGGCGCGAGCGACGCAGGCAGACCCACUCGGCAAGCCGCAUCGAGCACAAGUGGAACAAGUUUUUUGCCCAGAUUGUGCCCAAUCUAAUCAAGUCGUAUGCCACCAGUAUGGACCGUGCUCGCAUAAAAGAAUGUGCGAGAGAUAUAGUCAAGAUAUUGUCAAGCAAAGAACUGAAGAAGGAUGCGACCAAGGUACCGCCAGCGGAAGUCACAAAAGAAAAGCGCAAAAAGGUUAAUGAGUUCUGCAAGAGCUACAUGGAUAAGCUGCUCGCAAAAAUGCAUGAAAAGGCGGUAUCCAAGUAG